GCGUACGUUAACGCCUUGGACUCUCCCUCCGAACCACCAGGGCCAUGCUGCCUCGACCUGUGAUCCCCUAGAUGGUUGUUUCCAUUUUCGAAUGAAAUCGUAACGCUCGUUGCUUUCCCACCCGAGGUUUCCCUGCAGUAGGAGCGACAUGAAUCUUGAUCCCUCAGCCUCCAAGAGACCAUCAUGUCUGCCCAGCUCCUCGCGACGGAGCUCCACAACCUCAUAACUGAGAGCAAGCGGAAACACCAGGACCUGAGACAGGCUGCCGAGAAGUCCCUCGAGGAACUUAAGAGCAUUCGCGUGAGCGAGGCUCAGUUUGGACGCGAGCUCUCACAAAAGGUCAACUUUGUCAAUCCUUUCAUAAUAGCAUGCGGCACCAAGAACGCAAAGUUCACCGGCAUAGCAAUCGUCUGCCUACAGCGGCUUAUCGUUUCCAAAGCCCUGCCGCGGUCCAAACUCAGCCCUGUCCUCGAGGCCCUACGUGAGGCCACCUCUGCUGGUCUUGAUGUCCAGCUCAAGAUCCUCCAAGCCCUCCCUUCACUCCUCCAGAAUUACUCUACAGACAUCAAGGAUGACCUUCUCGUGACCGCAUUGAAUAUAUGCUUCAUCCUCCAGUCCAGCAAGAAUGCCAUCGUCAACAACACAUCUGCCGCAACGCUCCAGCAGUUGAUUGUCACCGUCUUUGACAAGGUUGUCGCCGAGGAUAAGAUCCCCGAUGCUCCUUUCGUCGGAGAAGCCCCUUCGGAAGAAGGGACCGUCCAGCUCAGGGCGGCGGCGCUGGACGCCUUCCGCGUCUUCAACGACCUCUGUCUUCUGACACAAUCCGAACGCCCCGAGUACCUCAGGUUCUAUGGACUUCCACAGACCUUUGGUCUCGAGCUGAUAGAAUCGGCCCUGACCAACCACGGCGCCAUAUUCGCCACCCACCCCGAGCAGGUCCAUAUCCUGCGCACCAAGGUCCUGCCUUUCAUCAUCCAGACUCUUUCUGGGAAACCACACUUUGCAGCCUCGGUCAGGCUCUUUCGCAUCUUAUACACCCUUCUCAGGCGCCAUGUUGCUUUGAUACCCAAGGAGAGUGCAGAAGCUUUGGACAUCCUCACCAAGAUACUCGACCAGGACACCACGUUAUGGAAGAGAUCUCUGUGCAUGGAGGUCUUCAGGGGGAUCUUCGCUGAGCCGGCACUGGUUCGACGCAUCUUCAGGAUGUAUGACGCAAAGGAAGGUGAAAAGGAUAUCCUCAAGACUUUGACUGCGACCUUUGUCCGGGUCAGCACCGAGAAGCCGGUUGUGAUUGGGCUCGGCCAUCAGUCGACGAUACCUGUGGCCAAUCCAUACUCUACAUCUGCCGAUCAGGCCGUACUUGAUGCCAGCGGCGUGAGUGUCUCUGUCAUAGCAGGUGUUGGGGGUGCUGCCCAUGACACAGGUAUCAGCACGCAGUGGAGCUCCAUGCGUGUGCCCUGCAUUGAUCAACUCGAUAAAACUGACCCUCCUGCCAUACCUGAGUCUUACGUGUACAGCCUGACGCUUGCUUGUAUCACUUCACUCUCCGAAGGCCUGGCCAAAUUCAUCCUGCCCCUGACUGCGCCGAGUGACAGGAGCCGGAGGCGUGGCAAGGGCUUGUCGGGCGAAGGUGGCAGCGAUGACCGCUCUGAGAGCCCUGCGCCCCGUCCAGGUCUCCCAGAGAGGACCGCUUCCUUUAGGAAGAACCCGAUCUCUGUUAACCCGCUGACUCUCAAGGAGCAUCCGCUAUAUGCAGAUGUCGAGAGUUGUGCGGCUAUCAUCGACGAAUGUUGGCCAGCGAUCCUGGCGACCUGCUCGGCCUUCCUCUACGCCGCCCUCGACUCUGAAUACUAUCAUGGUCUAGUCAGGGCUUUCCAAAGAUUUGCUCACGUAGCUGGCUUGCUGCAGUUAGCGACACCAAGAGACGCAUUUUUGACCACGCUUGGGAAGGCCGCCGUGCCUCCAAAUGUCUUCACUGCAUGCAUAAAUUCGGGACAGUCGCGACAACCGCCCCCUGCCUCAGCGCCUGAGCCAGCGGGGAAUAGUAUUCUAAGCAAUGCCCGGGGUCUUCUAAGUGUAGAAAGCCUCGUCAGCCAAGGGACGGUGGAGAAACCGAGAUCACAAUCUUUCGAUGCCAGCGCAUCAGCACUAAAUACUCGAAAUCUGCUGUGCCUUCGGGCGCUGCUGAACCUAGGGAUCGCGUUGGGGCCGACGUUGUCAGCAUCAUGGCAGAUCGUUCUUGAAACACUACAACAAGCUGAUUUUGUGUUAUUCACGACCGGCAAGACUGCUGGAAGGACACCCACGGCUGCCAAAGGACCUGAUCCCAAUGCGGAUAAAGAGGCCAAUGCUUUGCUAUCAAAUUUCGGCACUGAAGUCAAGGCCGUUGAGACUGCGGCGUCAAGGCUAUUCGAAAGCACCAUUGAUUUUCCCAACAACGCUUUUCUGGAGGUUGUCAACGCAGUGUGCUCGCUUCUGGAGAAGCGGCCAGCACCAGAUUUCCCUUUUAGUGCGAGAGACGCUCGGCCAGAAACAAUACCGGAAGGCGAAAUACCCUCCAACCUCCCGUCGCCAACUUCGCAGCACAGGAAAGUGUCAGGUUUGAAUUUGGCGUCUGGUCCGGUUCAACCAGACCAGUUUGCCCUGGCCAAGCUAGGCGACCUUGCCAGCAUCAACCUCGAGAGGCUUCUGGUACAUCCGCCCGAUGUAUCUGGCUGGACGCCCCUGGUAACGGAGCUUAACGCGGCCUUGAGUGCCACCGCCGUAUCAGCUCCUAUCAGAACACGAGCCGCGGAGAUACUUGUGAGGCUGAUUUUGGAAGCCGCAAAUGCAACGGCAUCGCAGCCGGAAGACGUCCGUGGUACAGUUCAGCUGCGUCUCCUUGAGGCAUUCAGGGAUGCUCUCCUUCCGCUGCAGUCAGCAGAACGGGAUGUCUCGGUGACGAAUCACUCAACAGACAUUGAGAUUCAUAGGGUGGUUCUCGAAGGUCUCAAGACCAUCCUCGAAAACUGCGGUGAGAGCCUGAGUAAUGGUUGGCACCUAACUUUCGAGAUUAUCGACAGCAUCUUUUCGGACAGAAACAAUGCCUCCGACAAGAAGAAAGCUGGUACCACUCUUUCCACGAGGUCAACAAAACUGAUCAAGGCAUCAUUUGGCUCGCUUCAGCUCAUUUGCUCUGACUUCUUGUCUUCGCUCCCGAAUACGUGUUUCCUGCAGCUUGUCGACACGCUUUAUAAGUUUUGCUCUCAAGACGAUGACCUCAAUGUGGCGCUUACCACGGUCACAUUUUUCUGGGCAAUAUCAGACUUCCUCUCUGAAAAGAGCAACUCCAUGUCCAUUACGGAAGACGUGAUAGGUGGCGGAGAAGACGAAGCACUGAUUGCCCUCGCCUCACACCCAGAUAAGGAUGGCUCCAGCGCGGCACUCUGGAUGCUUCUACUCCUGAGAUUGACGGCAGUGACGGCCGAUCAACGGCUAGAACUCCGAAAUAGCGCAAUCCAAACACUGCUUCGCAUCAUACACGCCUACGGGAGCACUCUGGGGCCACAAGCUUGGUCGAUAUGUACCAAGUACGUCAUAUUCAAACUGCUGUCCUCAAUCGAAGAGAGACUGCGAGCAGUGAGAGAAGACGGAGUUCAAGAAGACGUGAGAUCCGAGUGGAACGAGACAGCCGUGGUCAUCGUGCAGGGUGUCUCAAAUCUUCUUGCCAACUACUUGGAAGUUUUGACGUCGUACCCGGCUUUCACGCCCCUGUGGCAAGACCUCAUCAACCAUUAUGCCGCACUGAUUGACUUCAAAGCACUUGAAAUCAACAGCGCGGCAUUCUCCAGUUUAGGAGACAUUCUCUCCAAGUGUGAAGAAUCGCCCAAGUCGAGUUUCGAUAAGAAGACCAUCGACCUUGUCUGGGACCUCUGGUCUCGAGGGAUUCCAGCGGGCGAACAAACAAGCGACGGAAGCUUCGACGAUAUGCAAAAAUGCUUGAUGUCUUGGGUCGAAGCCCUGCUGGAGCUUUAUCGUCUCAUCCAGGCUGAUCUGAGCCUAGAAAGAGUCAAGCGGAUGCUCAGCCUACUUCGAGACGCUAUGCAACAGGCCCAACCUGGGUCCUACGCAAGCGAUAUCGAAUACCUAACGCCGCUGCAGGGACGCAUCUUGGAGGUGUUUAAACUGGUGCGGACAGACAUAGCCGGUGUCCCAUCUGCCAUGAUCUCUCAGGUUGCAGACUUCGUCGCUCUCGCUUUCGACGAAGAAAGGGCACGUCAGCCUGCGACUUCAAAGCGUACCUACAUCGCCAUGGCCAAGGAGAGCAUGAAUAUUCUCCACCAUCAUGUUGUGUCGAAUGCAACUGAUUCGGACAUCUACGUGAGUGGCGCAUUUUCGAAUGCUCUGACGGCCCUUUCAAAACCGAUCAUUCUGAAGUACGACUACCGGAUCGUGACAAAGUCAGAGCAGCCAUGGAAGAUGGCGACUACCACUGUCUUGGCCCUACUGGAAUCUACGCUGCCGCAGGUGAAGGCAGCCAAGAUCUCGCAAGCCACGGUACAGGAUAUCUGGGAUGUCAUAGUCGAAAUAUCGAACGGCAUCAUUAAAGCCAAUUACAACAACGCCUCUACGAACACAGACAUCUCUGGAGACCAGGAAUUCGACAUCGCAUCCUUCCGGGCUCUCAAGGAGCUGAUCAUUCCAUCGCUCGGUUCCGAUUCAAUACCUGACAAGACGCGCCGUGCAUAUGCUGAAGGGCUAUUCCGCACAUCAAUCAUACACGCACCGGCGCCAUCCGAGGCGGAGAUCAUCUCCGGGAGUAACCAAGAUUGUAGGGCCGAGGCCAUGGACCAGGCAUUGGCCGCGCUUUACAAGCCGCGCAAUGGACGCACAAUCGACCCACAGCCCACAUUGCGGAAGGAGAUGAGCUACGUAUGUCUGGAUGAACUCUUUGAUAUUGUCAAAGCACACGACCCGAAUGCUGCUGGUCCCGAGAUUACCUUACAGCCACCAACGCCCCGGUUUCCCCCGUCUGGCACCCCGGCUGCUGGACCACUUGAUCCACUGAAAUCGCCUGUGCCCGACACCACUGGCGGCGGCGGCGCUCAAGAAAGCCACAUGAAAGGUGCAGUGAAGGAGCCUUCCCACGAGCUACAUGUCCGCUUGGCACGCACGGCAGCACCAUACCUGAUCCUUCGCUGUGCCUUGAGCCUGCGGGCCUACGUGGCAGACCAGCCCCUACGCGGUCGAAUGCCACAGCCGCUAUCGCAGAGGCAGGAGCUGGAGCGGAUCCUCCGAUGCCUCAUUGAGCUGCAGAGCGAGCCUGAAGCCAUACCUGGCUUCUCACAAAUAAGUAGCGAGCGUGGCAGACACUUGUACAGCCUGUAUCCCUUGUUGGUGAAGGCGGCCAUGGUCAAUCCGGGGGAUGACAAAGUCAUCGGACUGGUCACCGCUUCUCUGGACGCUGUGGGGCGUGAAUUGGGCUUGGGUGUGUGAGAUCACAACCACCGAGUCUUGAUCGCAUGGGGUGUUGGGAUGCGGAAGGGAGAAUUGCAAUCGAAGUGGACAGCAACGCGUAUAGAUGUUGCUUUGCCAGCAUGCAGGAUCGAGUUCCCAGACCGCAAAUGGAUAGAUUUAGUAGUAUAAUAAUUAUCAUGAUAAUCAAGGAUAUGACUUUCCAGGUCUGUACUGAGAGUUGGCAGGCGAGGCGUGGCCGCGUGAGAUAAAGCCGAGGACGACACCAGUCAGGAAAGACGACCAAUCCACCUUGACAUGGGCAUCCGCUGGCCGCCCGACCGCCUCCAAAUCCUCAUAGCUUCGACGGUCUUGCUUCAACUCCCUUCUGCCGCUGCUGAUCCCGCCCGGCAGGGUGAGCCCCCUCCUCGCCCGGCGUGGGGACAUUGUCACUCUGCUCUGCUUUGAGGCUGAUGGGGUCACCCAGCUGGGACGGGUUGGCGUCAGGGCCGUGUAGCUUCUUGGCCGCCUUUUCGCGGAGGGUCUCGCGGCCGCCCUGGCCACUUCUAUGCGGCCUGGAUGGGGGUGUUGGUGACGACUGGGAUCCGGCCUCGUCUGGCUUGGGGAUGUUGUCGCUGAUCUCAGCUUUGAGGCUGAUGGGGUCUCCCAGCUGUGAUGGGUUGGCGUUGGGGCCGUGAAGGGAUUUGGCGGCCUUUUCGCGGAGUUUCUCCCCUUGACCGGUGCUGCUGGUGUUGUUAUUAUCGAGGUCUGAUUCUGUUGGUGUGAGAUGACGGAGGGUGUUCCUCUUGGAUGCCAUGGUGUAGAACAGGGAUGUGGAUGUGGAUGUGGAUAUUGGGGGUGUAUAUAAAUACGGUUUACCAGGGUCGCAUGAAAGAGAGCAUGAGACUGCAAACUCACAGGAAACUCAGGGCUGUAUAUGGGAGGCACUCACUGGAGUACCAGGAGUACUUAUUCCAAUUCCUGUGUGUUCCAAGCUAGGCUCAUUGUUCACCUCGCUGCUUCCCCAUGGUCAUUGCGAGCAGAGUCAAUGACCUCACAACGGGAGACGGGGCAUCAUGCAAAUGCCAUGUGAAGAUGGCCCACCGCAUGCUAAGCACCUACAAGGAGUAGCGGCUUGGGGCUUAAACGCUGGGGAAGGUGCUAUGGGGGUUGGCGCGCCGCGCCAGGGCUUAGUGUGUCCGGCGCUAUGGCACAAGGAGUGCGGCUCUG